UGUGCUUUUAUCUAUUGUGACGCAACUUGCCAACACGACCACUGGCGCCGCGGCCAUAAGCAGAUUUGUAAAAGAAUCCACCGCGGCGGCAACGCGGAACAGUAUAAUGCCGACAAAAAAUACAAGGAGGCCGUCGCGACCGCGGUCGAGGCGUGCGCCGACGACACGAAGGGCCAGACGUGCUACAUCUGCACGCAGGCCCUCCAUUGGAAGACGAAGGAGGGGCUCGUGCGCGGGUGUGCGUGCCGCGGGACGGCGGGUUUUGCGCACGUGUCGUGCUUGGCGGAGCAGGCGAAGAUUUUGUAUGCGGAGGCCGAGGAGAACAACUUGGGGGCCAAGGCGUUGGAUGAUCGGUGGCGGCGGUGGAACACAUGCAGUCUGUGCGAGCAAAAGUACCACGGCGCCGUGCGGGGCGCGCUUGGGUGGGCGUGCUGGAAGACGUACGUGGGACGGCCCGAGGGGGAACUGCUGAUCAGUGCGAUGAGGCAGCUUGGGAACGGUUUAUCCGUCACAAAGCACCAGGAGGACGCGCUGUCCGUGGAAGAGGCUGAGUUGUCUAUGCUGCGGCGCCUUGGCGUAUCAGAACACCACGUACUCACCACGCAGGGCAAUAUUGCGGUCACGUAUGAGAAACUCGGACGGUAUGAAGAGGCCUUAAAUAUGUUUCGAGACGUAUACUCUGGAGAGUUGAAACUCCAUGGCGCGGAGCGCGAAGAGACCCUCCGAGCAGCGAACAACUACGCGCACAUCCUUGUUAGACUAGAGCGCUUCGAGGAAGCAAAGGCACUGUUCCGCAGAACAAUACCCGUGACGAGACGUGUUCUCGGAGAUAAUCAUAGACUGGCGCUUAGAAUGAGGUCGAAUUACGCGGAGGCGUUCUUCAAGGACAACGGCGCCACGCUCGACGAGCUUCGCGAAGCCGUGACGUCGCUUGAGGAGACGAAACGGAUCGCGAGGCGCGUGUUCGGCGGCGCGAAUCCGAUCGUAGUGGAGAUAGAGAGCCAUCUGCGACGAGCCACCCUCCGCGCCCGCGAAACGCCGCCGAGCAAUGGGUAA